CCCGACGGAAGCUCAUUUCCGUAUUUACAAGCGGACCGUGACGUUCAGGGUCCAGUGAAAACUACGUCUCGGCGGUGCAAAUUGGAGCUUUUCCCUCUCCACAUCCGGCGACAUGAUGCUCUCUUUGAAAGCUUUUCUCAACGAGCGGCUGGCGGCGGUCGCGGACGAGAUAUUCGGCGCCGUCGAGAAGACAAUAGACGAGUACAAAGAGGAGCUUUGCCGCGUGAAGGACUUGGAGAUCGGUCGCCUUAGGAUGCAGCUCAGGCUUCUCAAGUCAGAUGCAUGUAACGGAGCCCAGCUGCAGGAGCACACCCAUCACCACCUCCCUCCUCCCCCUCCUCAGAAGCAUGAGGAGGGCGCAUCAGCAGACACGGAGGCCCCCGAGUCACAGCACAUGGAGGACGAAGGCAGCAGCAGUAGCUUGGAGCAUCCCGGUGAUGUUGCCCAAGUGAAAAAAGAACCCGAGAGGAGCCUCAGGGAGUUCUGGCUCGGCCACAGUUCAGAGCCUCUGGAGGACCUGGAGUCAGAUAUGAAAGAUUUCAUGUCCUCGGCGUCAGGCGUGAGGGCCGCCUUGCACGAGCCCAUCUUGCCCUUCCACCUCUAUCACUCCGGCGGCGUUGACGAGGGCAAGGAGAAGCCCUACAGCUGCUCGGUUUGCGACAAGCGCUUCGGCAACUGCUCCCACCUGGCCGCUCACAUCAGGACGCACACGGGCGAGAGGCCCUACAGGUGUGACAUUUGCAGGAAGAGCUUCAUCACCACCAGCGCCCUCAACAGACACCAGACCAUACACACCGAGGGUAAACACUACGUGUGCAUUUACUGCAGCAAGGCCUUCAAAUGGAUGGAGUCUCUCGGAAGGCACGUGAGAAUUGCCCACAAGAGGCCUAAUGCGCCUCAAUGACCUGGCAUGUUCAGGAAAGAAAUGUAUGUAGUCGUAUUUAUCAUGUAAGUAGUAUUUAUUCAGCAGGUGGACUGGCGGUUCCUCUGUCUGCCCCUGAGGUUUUAGGUUUGUGUUCUCCAGGUACUAUGGCUUCCUCCCAGAUCCCAAAACUUGCCUGUUAGGUUCAGUCUAAUUCAGUGAUUCUUGAAGCGUAUCAAAAUAGUGCCACUCUUAUAACCAACUUUAAAAUGUACUAGGCCCACUGCCCGUUUGUCCACAUGGACCCGGCGAUUGGGCAGCGACCAGUCCAUCAUCUCGGAUCAGCUACCGUUCAUUGAGGACAAACGCUUUAGAAAAUGGAUUGAUAUUGACUAAAUGGCAUGUUUGCGAAUGAAGUGGGGCCUCUCUAUUGGACAUCUGUCGACUCAGCAGCUUUUUCCUUUUACUUUUAAAUUGAAAGUACUUGUGCAGUGUUGUCAUUCCCAUUUGUAUGCGUACUUCCAGUUGUGAGGAAAAAUGAUUCAAAUUA